CUUCAGUCCAAAGCGGAAGUAACAUCCCUGUCUGUACAACUUCACUGUUAUUGUUUGCAGAUGGGAAGAAGGGCAUUGCGUGGACCAUUUUACCGGUAGGUUUAACCUGCCAAAAUGAAAGGAGUCUGAAACCACGUCACAACAUCUCCGGAUACGACCAGCCAUUCAGACCUUCAAAGGGCGACUCCAUGCUUUCUGAUGAACUUGAUUCCAAGCCUGAGCUGUUGGUUGAGUUCGUGCAGAACGCCUCCAUCCCACUUGGUCAGGGUCUGGAAGAGCCGGAUCCUAAGAACACCUGUCUGCCUCUCCAGCCACUGCCAGCAGACAACUCCAUAUGCAGCCAGCUUCAGCUGACAGAGAGCGCGCUCCGCCAUGCUGGCUCCGCGGAGCUUGCUGAUUUUGGGGCCGAGCGGAGCGCUGCUAUGGUGGUGCAGCUGCAGCCUGGAGCGCCCAGCCCAGGCCCCGCCCCCAUCGGACAUGACUCCGCCCCCAGCCACGCCCCCAUCAUGCACGACCUGCAACAGCAGGACAGCACCUCCUACGUCCUGCUGAACCUGGCCAAGGGUCUAGCAGCGUCGGCGGAGUCGCUGGUGUUUGUGCAGGAUGAGGUGGACGAGGCGGAGGAGGAGAUCUCGGCGGGGGAGGGGGCGGAUGGCAGUGCCCCCUGGUACCUGCGGGUGCAGGAGCUGGCACACGACAGCCUGAUCGCUGCCACGCGGGCACAGCUGGCCAAAGAUGCCAAAGAUGCCAGGGCCAACAGCAACAGUGAGCAUCUCCAUGGCUACCAGUCCGAGGGACCAAAGAAAGAGCAGGUGUCUCGUGGUGGCCGUGGUAACGGGGAGAAGGUGCUCAGGUGUCCGUAUGAGAACUGUCACCGGACUUUUACCUGGCCUGCACACCUCAAGUACCACCUCAAAACACACAGGAAUGACCGGACGUUCCGGUGUGGUGCGGAAGGAUGUGGGAAGAGCUUCUACGUGCUGCAGCGGCUGCAGGUGCACAUGCGCACACACAACGGGGAGAAGCCGUUCACCUGCCCCGAGCGCGGCUGCGCCAAGCGCUUCACCACCGCCGGCAACCUCAAGAACCACCGCCGCACGCACACAGGAGAGAAGCCAUUUCUGUGUGAAGUGGACAACUGUGGCCGCUCGUUUGCAGAGUACUCCAGUCUACGCAAGCACAUGCUGGUGCACUCAGGUGAGAAGCCUCACCAGUGCAGUGUGUGUGGUAAGACCUUCUCCCAGAGCGGCAGCAGGAACGUCCACAUGAGGAAACGCCACGGCGAGGAGUCCCUCGGCUCAGAAGGUGCAGACGCAGGAGAAGCGCUGACCCACAGCAGCAUCCUGGAGGCCGACGGGGCUGCCGCCGGUGAUACCAUGGUCACCAUGACGACGGUGGAGCCCAUGAACGUCCAUCACACAAUGCUGCGGGGGCAAGACUCGGUGGUGGUGCUGUCCCCGCCCCAUGACCUGGUCUCCAUGACGACGGGAGGUCAUUCCUAUGGCGAAGACGUGGUGGCUCUGCUCUAACCCUGGGCUUGUGUAUAUAUGCAGUCACUGUAGAAAGCUCACUCACUCUCUCAUGUAGAUAUGCCAUUUUCAACUCAGUGUUUUAGGGGUUUUGCCAUAAAAAAAAAGAGACAUAAUAAGAUUUGUACAAACACUUCUCCUCCCACGCUGUAGUUGAAAUGACUCAGUGAGGUCCGAAGACAGGAAGUGGUACCACAAAUGAAGUUUUAAUAAAUCCAAAAGCACCUGUAAAUAUA